AUGCCUGAUGGCAGACAAACAACCAAUGGGGAUUACGAAGAUAUCUCGUGGUACACAUUCGCCGAUAUUGAUCAACCUAGAUUGAUGUCGUGGGAGGCUAGAUCUGAUUCUGAUCGUAGCUAUAUAGGCAUUGGAACAAAUAAUGUAAUUUCGACUCAUUUUAACACAAGUGUAUCUCAAAAAGAUUACGAGCUUCCUAGCGGGUGGAUAGUGCUUGUAGCAGAUUUCAAGAAAUUUAAAUUAGUGAUGAAAACUUGA